UUUAUCUUCAUUUUUUUCCCUCUUCUUUUACUUCUCAGAUGUCAACGCACAACAAUUACAACGCGCUUGAAAAUACGCCAAGCGCAGUAUCCAUCCACCAACAGAACGGUGUCGGAGCGCACAAGGUCUACAAGCGACGCUGGCUGAUGCUCACCGUUGUCUGCCUGCUCAAUAUCGUCAAUGCGGCCCAAUGGAUUCAAUAUGCGCCGAUUGCGGACACCGUCAAGCGCUACUAUGACGUCUCGAGCACCUGGGUCAACAUGCUUUCGCAAAUAUUCAUGAUCCUCUACAUCCCGUUCGGCUUUAUGGCGUCCUGGGCACUCGAUACCCGUGGAUUGCGCUACGCAUGCGUUCUUGGAGCCGUGCUCAACGCAGUUGGCGCAUUCAUCAAGUACAUGGCCAACUUUGUCGAAAUUACUCCUUCCGCCGACCCCAACAUCAUGUUUGCUGUGGUCAUGGUCGGCCAAUUCUUUGCCGCUGCUGCCCAGCCGUUCAUCCUGGGUGCUCCCACCAUGCUGGCCGCCGUCUGGUUUAGCGACAGCGAGCGUGCCACUGCCAAUAUGCUUGCUUCCGUCGCCAACCCGAUCGGUAUUGCUGCCGCGAACGUCCUCUCGCCCGCUAUUGUUGAUACCACCGAGCCCUGGACGAUCAACACGAUGCACUGGAUGAUGAUGAUCCCGGCCGGCAUCGUUGCAGUCAUCACGAUCGUGCUCAUGCGUGCCAAGCCCCCGACGCCCCCGAGCCUGUCCGCAGCUACCCCUUCCGAUCCAUUCUUUGUUGGCUUGAAGAAGGUUGCGACCAACAAGUCCUACCUGCUCCUGCUCGUCUCUUUCGGCGUGGGUCUUGGCAUUUUCAACGCCCUGUCCACCUUGUUGGAGCAGAUUGUUCAUCCUCAAGGCUACACUGACGACGAUGCUGGCAUUUUUGGAGCUGCCCUCAUCGGUGCGGGUCUGGUCGGCGCUGGAAUCAGCGGUCCUCUGAUUGACAAGACCAAGGCGUACCGGCCCGUUCUUCGUGGCUGCUUUAUUCUUGCAACCGCAUCGUUUGUGGGAUUUGCGCUCUCUGCUCGCCCCGACGAGUACGUCCUGGUUGCCGUGACGUGCGGCUUGAUUGGCUUCUUCUGCUUCCCGCUUCUCCCUACCUGCCUUGAGCUCGCCGUUGAGGUGACCUACCCUGUAUCUGAGGGCACUAGCGCUUCUUUCAUGUGGAUGGCAGGUCAAGCGUUGGGUGUCGUGUUCAUCUUUAUCAUGGACGCCAUGCGGACGGGCGCCGAAGAAGACAUGACAAACGCGCUCUGGUUUGCGGUCGGCGUCGUCGGUGCCACGCUCAUCCCGGUCUUCCUGUUCAAGGGCGAGUAUCGGCGGUUGAACAUGGAGCGCGAGACCAAAGCCAACGCUUCCUCCGGCCUGAACGGCGAUCUGCACAUUUGAGUGUCCUGCAAAGCAGGAGGCUGAAGCAUUUGAGUGCUCCUUUCGUUGAAUUUACCGUUUUGUUGAAUUUUUUUGGCUUGUAUUGAAUUGACGUUUUUUUUUUUUUUUUUUUUUUUGUUUGUUCUUGA